UGACAUCUUCGCGUUAGCUGCGUUAGCGGCGCGCGCUCCGGGAACGAGGAGGAGGAGGAGGAGAGAGACUCUCCAUCAUCAUCUCUCUCUCUCUCCACCAUCUCUCUUUCUCCAUCUCUUUCUCUCCAUCUCUCUAUCCACCUCUCUCUUUCUUCAUCUCUCUCUCUCUCUCUCUCUCUCUCUCUCUCUCUCUCUCUCUCUCUCUCUCUCUCUCUCUCUUCAUCUCGCUCUCUCUCUCUCUCUCUCUCUCUCUCUCUCUCUCUCUCUCUCCCCCCUCCCCUCAGUCCAGGCUGAGCGCAGCAUCACUAGGUGCCUCGCUCCUCCGCCGCGCUGUGCUCGCGCUCCCGCUCUCCGCUCGGUUGUCCCGCGGUCCGCGCGCUCCCGCCAUGUCGAGCCUGCUGGAGAACCCGCUGCAGGCGAUCCUGUACCUGAAGGAGCUCACCGCGAUCGUGCAGAACCAGCAGAGCCUCAUCCAGACCCAGCGGCACCGGAUCGACGCGCUCGAGCGCAGGCUCGGGGAUCUGCUCGUGGAGAACCGGCAGCUCCGGGACUCGACGCACCGACACCCCCCACGACACCACCCACCCCCGCCCCCCCGCACCUCCAGCCUGCCCCGCGCGGCUCAGCACCACGCAGCGGCUCCGGCUCAGCCCCCCCAGCAGCAGCAGCAGCAGCACUCCCCGCAGGACAUGCAGCUCGUGCCCGCCGUGCCCGCCAGCACCAGCCCGGACUCCAGCCCAGAGGACGCGCGAGAGCCGUGCUGCCGCUCGCUCGUCCCGCAGAGCGCGGGCACGCUGUGCAGAGCCGUGGGCAUCCCGCGCAGCUCCGAGAGUCAGACUGUUCUGCACCAGUUCUGCUGCCCCGCCCCAGAAGCUCCUGAGGGGGAUCCUAUUGGUUGCUCCAGUUCAGUUCAUGCAAUUGAAGGGGAGGUGGAGAAAGAGCAGAAGAAAUCUGCUCAGCUGAGCCCUCCCCCCUGUUCACACACCGCCACCUACGAGCUGUCUCCAGACCUCAAACAAAAACAGAUAGAGGAAUUGGAGCAGAAGUAUGGCGGGCCGCUCAUCUCUCGCCGCGCUGCCUGUAAGAUCCAGACAGCGUUCCGACAGUAUCAGCUCAGCAAGAACUUCCAGAAGAUCCGCAACUCUGUGCUGGAGAGCGGGAUCCCGCGCCGCAUGUCCGUGCGCAGAGUGCGGGUCCAGAGGGACGGCUUCUCUGCAGAGCGAGCGCUGAUGGAGGGCUGCUCUCUCAUGGGCAUCCCACUCACUCACUCCACCUCACUGCCCACGGGCACUUCAAACACACUCACACACCUGGAGGACUCCUUCAACGAGCAGGUACAGUCCUUAGCGCGGUCCAUAGACGAGGCCUUGAGCAGUUGGAGCACUGUGCAUGAUGGUGAAGGAGAGGGGGCUUUGGGAGCUUCAGGAGCUCAGCCCCCGGGACCUUCCUCAGAGGGGCUGCUGAUGGGUUCAACCAGCAUUCAAGAGACCACGCAGAACACCAGCGCUGAAGGAAUCCCUCGCAGUGCCAGCAAACUCAUGAUGGCCUUCAGAGACGUGACGGUCCAAAUCGACAACCACAACUUCCGCCUGUCCUCCUCCGUGCUGGAGUCAGUUUCCCUCGGCAACGGCGUCUCCAAGGAAACCGCCUCGGAGCCUCACAUAGGGGGGCUUAGCGGCAUCCAGUCAGAAACCUCUGCCACGGUUGAGCCCGAGUUCCCUGCCCCGCCCCCCAGCGAGGAGCUCGGACUGGACCAGCCGCUGACAGGAGAUGAAGGGGAAGCCUCUCAGGAGAAACCACAGGCCAAUCAGGGUGCGACGGAGGGGGCAGAAAACAGCUCAGACCCAAUCAGCAGCAGCAGCACGUCGACCUCGGCAUGCGAGACCAUGAUCCUCUCCCUUCCACGCACACACUGUCCGGACACACACUGUGGGACCCUCUCCACAGACAUUGCACGCAAGCGCCUGUACCGCAUCGGACUCAACCUCUUCAACAUAAACCCAGACAAAGGCAUCCAGUUCCUCAUCUCCCGCGGCUUCAUCCCGGACACGCCCAUAGGUGUGGCUCACUUCCUGCUGCAGAGGAAGGGCUUAAGCCGGCAGAUGAUUGGAGAGUUUCUGGGCAACAGUAAGAGGCAAUUCAACAGAGAUGUUUUAGACUGUGUGGUGGAUGAGAUGGACUUCUCCAUGCUGGAGCUGGACGAGGCUCUGCGGAAGUUUCAGGCUCAUGUGCGAGUGCAGGGAGAGGCUCAGAAGGUGGAGAGACUCAUCGAGGCAUUCAGUCAGCGGUACUGUAUGUGUAAUCCAGAUGUGGUCCAGCAGUUCCAUAACCCCGACACCAUCUUCAUCCUGGCCUUCGCCAUCGUUCUGCUCAACACUGACAUGUACAGCCCCAACAUCAAACCAGAGCGCAAGAUGCUCCUGGAGGACUUCAUCCGCAACCUCCGAGGAGUGGACGAUGGGGCGGAUAUUCCUCGGGAGAUGGUGGCCGGGAUCUACGAGCGCAUCCAGCAGAGAGAGUUGCGCUCCAACGAGGACCAUGUGACCUACGUCACCAGGGUGGAGCAGAGCAUUCAGGGAAUGAAGACAAUCCUAUCUGUGCCUCACCGGAGGCUGGUGUGCUGCAGUCGUCUCUAUGAAGUUACUGACGUGCAUAAACAUCAGAAACAAGCAGCACAUCAGAGAGAAGUGUUCCUCUUCAACGACCUUAUAGUGAUACUGAAGCUGUGCCCCAAGAAGAAAAGUGCCGCCACGUACACGUUCUGUAAAGCCAUGGGUCUGCUGGGGAUGCAGUUUCACCUGUUUGAGAAUGAGUAUUACCCUCAUGGCAUUACGAUCUUGUCUCCAUUCUCUUCUGAGAAGAAACAGGUGGUGAGCUUUUGUUCACAAAGCUCUGAAGAGCUGCUGAAGUUUGUAGAGGACCUGAGAGAGAGCAUCGCUGAGGUAGCAGAGAUGGAACACAUACGCAUCGAAUGGGAAUUAGAGAGGCAGCAGGCGGCGAGAAAUCAGUCUGCUAAGAACAAUGGCACCCAGCUGGAGAUCCAUAGACCAAUGUCUCCUGCAGGAGACCAUGAUUUUUUUGACAAGACAGGAGGCAACGCAGUUGAGGUGUCAAUUCACAACAGGCUCCAAACGUACCAACUCAGCUCCCCCCUGGCUCCGCCCAGCGCUCAGCAACAGCUGGCCAUCCUGCCUAGCACUGCUCCUGGCUCCGCCCUCACCAUCUCUCCCGACACACUCAUCCAGUGCCAACAGAUCGUGAAGGUGAUCGUGGUGGACUCUGCAGGCCGUGGCCGCGUGGAGGCGUUCCUGAGCCAGAACCCUGCCCACCGCUUAAUCCAGUCGGCCGUCUCCACGCCCAUCAGGUCGAGAGAGGGCGGGUCCCAGCAGCCACCCCUCCCACCGCCACCACCUCCAUACCAUCACAAGCAUCAAUUCUGCCCUCCGACUCCGCCCCCUCCGCAACACAUGCUCAGCCAGCGCAGCAUGAAAAGGAAAUCGCCCUCCCUUGACUUCACGGCAGCUGUCAUCGCCAGCUCCUGUAAUGACAAUAUUUCAUAUUUGUACCAACACCUCUGUAAAUGAUCAGUAAUCACCUUAUGUUCCACACACGUCUGCCAGGCACUGACGAGAGCUCCCUGUUCUAGUAUCGUUUCUGUUCUGCGUCUAUGUAGCGUUUACUGUGAUCGGGCCUGCACGGGACACGCCAGGCUCACGUGAAGGACGGAUAAUCUGCUGGGCUUCGACAGAGACGAUGCCUGUGGUUUUAACCCUUUUCCAGUUGAACUGUUGAAGAUUUUUUUACUUUAUCACUUUCGAAUACCUUGUGUUUUGAAUUUUACUUGUGGAUCAUGUUUGUGUUUGCCAUGUUUUCUGUAUUGCAUGUCAUAAGAGUUGAGCAUAUGAAUAUGCAUAUAUCUAUAAUGAGCACAUGGUUCAACUACAGAGAGAACAGAGUAUAUUUUAGAUGCAUUACAAUAAUAUUAACUGUUUUUAUUUUGUUCUGUGGGGAUCGUCGAUCAGGAUUCUAUAUUAAUUCUAUAUUAUUUUAUUAUAUAUUUAAUUUUGAAUUGCUAUGGAGAUAUUUUAUUUAUUUGUACGAGGGGAGAUCAGCAAUGAUGUCAUUACGAAGAAAUAGCAAAAAAUACUUUAUGUACAACAUUCUAUUUAUUCUUAUGGGUAAAGGGGGCGAAUAGCUUUACUGUGAUGUUUUUGCACAGCCGAGUUUGUUUGAUUGGGAAUAUAUUAAUUUAUCACCUCCAGUCUGCUGAAUACAUAACUGGAAUCUUUUGCUUUUUCAUGAUUCAAAGACGUUUUAACAGAAGGCUGGAGUUUCUAGUGUUUCUGUUACGUUCAGAGAAUCAUCACAGCAGCGUUUUGUCUUCUAGCAUCUCAGAGCUGUAGACUUUAAGGCCCUCAGGUGAACCGGGUGAAUCUCACACAGAUGCUAGCUAAUUAACUACCAUGGAAAUAUCCAGUAUUAUUUCAACACUUAUUUGUCUCCUGGGCCAUAUCCUGACUGAAGGCACACUUACACUCUCACACACAAACACUUUCCUUACUUUAUUUAUACCCAUUUUUCAGUUUUGACCUCGGACUGACAUCCAAAUAUAAAACCCCUCAGAUAUUAAACUGCAUGUCGAGUCAGAAUAUGGCCUUCAGAAUCAAUGCUGUCAUUCGUUACUUGUUUUUGAAGAAAGAAAAAAAAAGAGAUAUAUUUGUAUUAAGCACUGUCAUGAAAUUUUAUAUUGUAUGGACACUUGAUCUACAGUACAGCAACUCAUGCACAAACUGUAAAUGCAAUGCCACUGGACUUAGAGCUCAGUAUCCAUUAAAGGAGAAAAUCUAUACACA